GUGUGUAGUGUGUAUGUACUGUGUUAAUGUAUAACGUAUAUUAUGAUUGUGUGUGAUCCUGAAGAGCCAAAAACACUGUGCCAGGAAGUUACAAAGGGUUGAAAUUUCGCCUAAAAUGGCAAAAAAAUCAACAAAAAAAGGACAAUCAAACUAUAUACAACCUUCAAGUAUGUCUCAGGAGACUCAGCCUUCCCCUCUUGCUCUCCUAGCUGCAACAUGCAGUAAGAUCGGUACACCUGCAGAAGGACAAGCCGGUGCAGUCAAUCAGGGACAAACUGUGACUGUUUUGGGACAAAAUCAGGGGCAAGCAGUUCAGAUUCCGGGGGUUUCAUCAACGCCGCGAAUGCUCAGCAAAUACAACAAGCACUUGGCCUUCCCCCUGGAUUUCCAUUGCAAUUCACUACAGCCAGUGCUGGAGUAGCGGGGCAGCAAGGAACUGCAGCUGGUGGCCCGAUGUACAUUGAAGUUGGCCCUGGGGGAAAUAUUCCAUCUUCGUCAGUGGGCGGAGCUACUCCAACGAAGUCGAUUAAUGCUGCUAAUAUUUUAAGUUUGAACCAACAGGGUGCAACAGGUGGACAGCAGAUUGUUACAAAUGGGAAUGUGCAGUACAAUAUUACUCCACAAUAUCAAAUUGAUUCAGAGGGAAAUUUGAUCACCACUCAUGUUGCUACCCCUGUCAGUGUAAGUCAAGCCCAAGCUCAAACUACCCAAACAGUUGUCAGGCAAGCACCCACUACAACAUCCCAAGCAACAAACGUGGCUGGAAGCAAUGUUACACAAAUUGCUUUGCCUGGUGCCGGGGUACAGUAUAUUCAGAAUGGACAGAUCAUUCAAGCGGUUGCACCACAACCAGCACCAACUCAGCAACGCAUUAUGCUCGGCUCUCAAACCAUCACCCUACAACUUGCUCCGAAUGCAGUCAUGUCCAAUGCAAAUUCACAUGAUCAACCUGUCGUUACACCAGUCUACAACAUCAUCAGCUCCACCCCGCCACAGGGCAACCAGGACAAUUCUGCCCAAACUCAGCAGCUUCAGAUCCAAGAUCAACUUCAGAAUGCACAAAUUAUCUCAAAUAGUGGCCAAAUUCAAGCAGGGAAUGCAGCCAACAGUAACCAGGCAACAUUUGUGCAAGUUGCCGGUAAACCAGGACAAAUUAUCUUGCAACAACCACAACAAGCAGGACAGGUGCAACAAAUACAAGUUAGCGGGCUCCAGACAUCUAAUACAAAUGUUCAGACGACGCAGAUCAGACAACAAAGUGGCAAGGUUGUGGCAUCUGUUAUCCCACAGCAGGUACAACAAGUGCAACAAGUGCAGCAAGUACAGCAGCAGCAGACAACAACAUCACAGAUUAUUUCACAGCAGUCAUCACAGACAGUUCAACAGCAGCCACAGGCACAGGUCAUACAGAUCCAUCAACCCAUCCAGGGGCAAGCGGGCACUCAAAUCUCAUUACAGCAACAACCAGGUACUGGCUACUACACAAUACAGCAGCCCACGCCCCAGCCCCAGCAACAGGCCCAGACCAUCACACUACCGGUAAAUGUUGCCGGGAGCCAGGGCUCGGUCCAAACUAUCACCUUACCCAUUCAGGGCAACCAGCUACAAGGUGGUAGCAUCACAAUCCCUCAAAGUGUCUUGCAGAGCAUACAACAGAUCAAUGGCGGACAAUUUAUGCAGAAUCCUAUUGUACUGAAGACGCCACAAACACAAGUGCAGACCGUCCACCUGCAACAUGGUGGUACACCGGUUGCCACGCCGCAGUCCUCAAGUAGUCAGGUGCAACAACAGGUCAUCACAACAGACGUCAGUCCUGCCAUAUCAACAGCUAAUAACAGUACCAUUGCAGGCCUUCCUAAUUACAACGUCCAUCUGGCACCGCUUAGCCCUGGCCCAGGACCAGCUGGCAACACUUCAGCUGUGAACAUCAAUACAUCAACAGCAGCCACCCAGCAACAAAUUACCCAACAACAGCAGCAACAAAUCAGCCAGGCGUUAGUAGGCAUGAAGGCAGAGAAGCAACAACAAGCACCGUGGCAGGGAGUGAUCCAGACAGAAGCAACCGGCGGCGCCCAAGGCGGCACGGUCACCACGAUAUCAACUAACGGUACCAACUAUCCACCAACCAUGGCUAGUUAUGAGCUUCAGAUUGAUCAGAGCCAGAUAAAGCAAGAACCUCCCAAGAAAGUCAGAAGAUUGGCAUGUACCUGCCCCAACUGCAAAGAUGGUGAUGGCAGGAACUCUGAGAAGGGUAAGAAGCAGCACAUCUGUCACAUUGCUGAUUGCGGUAAGAUCUACGGCAAGACGUCUCACCUGAGGGCGCACUUGAGAUGGCAUACUGGUGAGAGACCGUUCGUCUGUGAUUGGCUCUUCUGUGGAAAGCGUUUCACACGAUCGGAUGAGCUCCAGAGACAUAGACGCACACAUACAGGGGAAAAGAAAUUUGUGUGCAAAAGCUGUGGGAAGAAGUUCAUGCGAAGUGAUCACCUGGCUAAACAUCAACGCACCCACAUCAGGAAACCAGGGACAGUGAGCAUGAAGGGGCAGUCCGGGGGUGGUGACGCCCCUCUGCAGGUGGACCUGUCUCAGGGAGUGGAUGAGUUUGAUGAGGAGAUGGAGAAGGUAAUGAGAGACCCUCAACAUGAGGCCAUGGUUCAAGAUGCAGUGCAAGAGGCUGUGUAUUGACAGUGAAGGAAAGGCAGGGACAGUGAGCAUGAAGGGGCAGUCUGGGGGUGGCGACACCCCUCUGCAGGUGGACCUAUCUCAGGGAGUUGAUGAGUUUGAUGAGGAGAUGGAGGAGGUGAUGAGAGACCCUCAGCAUAAGGGCAUGGUUCAAGAUGCUGUGCAAGAGGCUGUGUAUGUACAGUGAAGGAACGACAAAGAUUUGAAGUAUUACAGUUAAACCUCUCUAUAAAGGCCAGCGAAGGGAAACUGACAAAAUGGCCUCUGCCAAAAAGUUGGAGGCAAUUAUACAGCACCUAUUUUUUCCUUGAGGAAGACAAUGUAGCCAAAUGCUAUGGGUGGUGGCAUUUUUAUAGAACUUAGAAGUUGCCAUUUAAAUUGGUGUAAUAGAAAGAGAGAGCUUUGUGAAGAUAUAGGAUAAAUCUGCAUACUAAAUAACAUUUUAAGUUUUAUAGUAUUGGUAAUAAUUGCCUACAAUGCGUCUCUAUUCAAGGAGUUUUUUUUUCUUCUUUUUUUCUCAUUUUGAUUGGGGUAAGAAUAUAGAGUUUUUACCACCUUACCCUUCAAA